AGCUGCACCUCCGCUGCUCGCCUGCUCCGGUAGUGGCUACGUGUAAUUCUAGGGGAAAAUGGCAGAUAGAAAAAACAAUAAUGCUUCCAACUCCGGGGCGAACUUACUAUUCAACGCCGCUCCGGAGUUUAACUUCAACCUGCCCUUCAUGCCCGUGAGCAUGGCCUCCAGCCCGGCGGUGCUGUCAGGAGAGGAUGCCACUGAGGUCGGAGAAGAAGACAGCUUCCUGGGUCAGACAUCAGGGAAUGGACCCGCCCCUUCUACAUUCAACUAUUUCUCCAGCCCCGUAACCAGCAGUGACCCGUUUGCCUCCAUCGGUCAGUCGCCGUACCCGCCGCCGGCCCUGUCCGCAGCUCCGACAGCAAUGGGCCCUGGCUCUGCUCCCAGCAGCAUCGGCAUGGCGUCACCCCAUCAACCACACAUGGGCUCCCACAUGAACCCCGCUACUCCGGCGUUCGGCGGCGCAGUUUACCAGAGCCCUAUGGGACGCCACACUCCUCCCCCCACCACAAUGACCCCACCGCCUCCCGCGAUGCAGCCACAGAGUCAUAACCCGUACCGACACACCCCCACCAGCAGCAAAGCCAGUCCUUACAUGCCAGCUCCGGAGGUCCCUACGCUGAUGCACACACCACAGCACGCACCACAGCAGAAUCCUUACCCACUCAGCUCGACACCUCAGACAUUCCCAAUGUCAGGACCCACAUUCACAAGGCCUCCUCCCACACAUAUGCAAGGGCCUCCGCCUCCACCCACCACUGCUGGAGCGGUAGUCCCCGCAGGUCCCAUGAUGCAAUACCAGUACAAUGUCUAUGAACCUGUACAGCCUCACUGGUUCUACUGUAAACUAGUGGAGUCCAAAUGCGUCUGGCUUCCCUUCAGCAUCAUCGACUCCCUUCAGCUCGAGGAGACGUACAACUCAGUUCAGCCAGAUCCAGAGAAUGUGAUAGUGCGAACAGAAGGAGGACGCUAUGACGUGCAGCUCUACGACCGCAUGCGGACCUCAGUGUACUGGGAGGAGGAGCCCACAGAGGUCCGCCGCUGUAGCUGGUUCUACAAAGGGGAUUCGGACAGUCGAUUCAUCCCUUACUCUGAAGAGUUCAGUGAGAAGCUGGAGGCAGAGUAUAAGAAAGCUGUAUCAACAAACCAGUGGCACCGUCGACUGGAGUUCCCAUCAGGAGAAACCAUUGUCAUGCAUAAUCCAAAGGUGAUUGUGCAGUUUCAGCCUUCCUCCAUACCGGAUGAGUGGGGCACAACUCCGGAUGGACAGACCCGACCCAGAGUAGUGAAGAGAGGGGUAGAUGACGACAAUGACGAAGUACCUGAUGGCGAGCUCCCCAAGGUGGAUCACCUGGUGUUCAUGGUUCAUGGAAUCGGUCCCGUGUGUGACCUGAGGUUUAGGAGCAUGGUUGAGUGCGUGGAUGACUUCCGCAGCGUGUCCCUGAAGCUACUGCACAGCCACUUUAAGAAGUCGGUGGAUGAGCACGCCAUCAGCAGGGUGGAGUUCCUACCGGUCCAGUGGCACACGGCUCUGCACGGAGACGCCACCGGGGUGGACAGGAGGAUAAAGAAGAUCACCCUGCCCAGCACUGGACGGUUACGUCACUUUACAAAUGAGACUUUAUUAGACGUGCUGUUCUACAACAGUCCCACGUACUGCCAGACCAUCAUGGACACAGUUGCCCUUGAGAUUAAUAGACUUUAUGCUCUGUUCCUGAUGAGGAACCCAGACUACAGAGGAGGAAUAUCAGUGUCUGGACACAGUUUAGGUUCACUGAUUCUCUUCGACCUGCUUUCUAAUCAGAAGGAUGGCUCUCUUGCAGCAGCCAUGCCAGUCAUACACACUUCUAAUGGAGACGCCAAACAGGUGGCAGCCCCUGUUACACAGGAAAGUAAUGCAGUCGCUCCUCCGGCUGUAGAACAGGAGGCCAAAGAAGACGAAGAGGAGUGUGAAGAACUUUCUACUAUGCUGGAAAAUCUGGGCCUGUCCGAGUACAUGAGCACCUUUGAUGAGGAGAAGAUUGACAGUGAAUCUUUUCUCAUGUGCACUGCUGAGGACCUGAAGGAGAUGGGAAUCCCACUGGGCCCCAGGAAAAAGAUCAGCAAGUUUGUCAAAGAAAGACUAAACAAGCAGGAGAAGAAAGCAGAAGCCAAAGAGCUCAGUCUGGUUGUGGCCCCGCCUCCAGCAGCUGAAGCUCUCCCUGAGGCCGCUCUGCAGAAGCUUCCUGUUGGCAGCACUUUCUCCUCCACCAGUGCAAACUACAAUUACUUUGAAGUUGGUACUGGCCAGGUGUCAGUGAUCUACCACAAUCUUGACUUUGAGCCAAUGAAUUUCUUCGCUCUGGGUUCUCCGAUUGGCAUGUUCCUGACAGUCCGAGGUCUGGAGAACAUCGAGGAGUCGUACCAGCUGCCCACGUGCAAGGGGUUCUUCAAUAUAUACCAUCCGUUGGACCCUGUGGCCUACAGGAUCGAGCCCUUGAUCAUACCAGACCUGGACCUGAAGCCUGUUUUGAUCCCUCAUCACAAAGGAAGGAAGAGGCUUCAUCUCGAGCUGAAGGAGAGUCUCACCAGGAUGGGCUCAGACCUGAAGCAUGGUUUCAUCACCUCCCUGAGGAGCGCCUGGCAGACGCUCAACGACUUCGCCCGCGCUCACACCUCGUCCGCCCAGCUGCAGGCCGAGCUGGCCAUGGUGGCAAAUCAGAUUGAAGAACAGGAGAAGCAAGCGGAGGAGGAGCACAAGAUCACAGAGAGCCCUGAGCCUCAGAGAGAAGAGGAGCCUCAGGUGAAGAUCGGGAUGUUGAACGGAGGGAAUCGCAUCGACUACGUGCUGCAGGAGAAGCCCAUCGAGAGUUUCAACGAGUACCUGUUUGCCCUCCAGAGUCAUCUCUGCUACUGGCAAUCUGAAGACACUGCUCUGCUCAUCCUCAAAGAGAUCUACAACACCAUGGGGAUCCAUCCAGAACAACUCAUACAUUAACAACAUGAAGUACCUGAGAUGAAAAGAAGCCCGUCUGAAACUCUCAUUAGGUUGAUUUCAUGUCAGUUCUCCGGGAUUUUGAUUCUUUCUCAAAUCUUUCCUCUUUUAUUUUCUAUUCAUGUAGUUAAUUGUAUGCAGAUGAAUAAUACAAUUGUAUUAUACCAUUUGUCUUAAAUUAAGAAAUAUAUACGAAUGAGCUGGUAGUUUCAGACACUUGACAAGUUUGAUAUUACAUUUUUAUAGUAUAAAUUAUAGAACGGGUCAAGUUUACUGAGAAUAUGUGAAUUAAAUCAAAUGCCAACAGAAGAAAUGACACAGCAGCAGUUACUGCAGCCUUCUGUAUGUUUUAUUUCAUGGCCAAAAUGUCAAUAAAUCAUUUCCUUUCACAAUGUU